AUGGCUUUAGUCAUCUGGAUUGCGAUUUUCAAGAUUCUCAUUCAUUUCCUCUAUAUAUACAUCAACGACUCUUUCUCUUUCAAAGACAAACACAGUCUAGAGCUCUACUCUCCGUACCAAAAGGUUCUUCCUUCAAACCUUGUCAAACUCCUUCGACUCUGGGACGCUAUCGGUUUACCACAUGAGGAGAAGAAGCAAGUGCUUGGGCUGGAGCUACCCAUCAUUGGUUUUGACGUUGAUCCCAAUCUUAUGCGCGAGUGCAUGUCACCUGACUCCCGCACUCGUCUUAUCCAAGAACUGUCAGAUUUCGCUCAACGAGACUUUCAGCGUUUAGCUGGUUGGCUUAACUGGGCUCUCAAUGUCUACCCACUUCUUCAGCCUGGUCUUUCAGCUCUUUACGCAAAGACUUCAGGUAAACUCGUUUCGAAAGCUCUUCUUUGGGUCAAUAGGGACGUUGUUCGGGAGCUUUCUUGGGUAAUUAACCAUCUGCGCGCGGCUGAAGGAAUCUUUUUCUUCAAAUCCGUCACUUGGAACUUUGCGCAACUUUCGGAUGAUGUUCUGAGAGUUUACACUGACGCAUCAGGGUCUGGUCUGGCUUUUUGGUAUCCUUCUCUCAACACCGGAUUUCAAUCGUCCUUACCUGGAAUUGCGCCAACCAAUACAAUCUUCUUUUUUAAAGCUUUGACCGUCACUGCCGCCUUACUUGAUUCAGUAGGGCGUUUGAAACCCAAUCAGUGGGUUGCCAUCUUCACUGACAACCUUAACUCUGUAUCCAUGUUCAACUCCCUUGCGGCUCUGCCCCCUUACAACUGGCUCCUUAUGACGGCAGUGGACUCUAUCUUGGCGGCUCAGGUUGAUUUUCGCAUUUUCUUCAUUUUGGGCAUGGACAACAUGGUCGCUGACCAUUUAUCGCACUGGAAGAAUGCUGAGGCCCAAAAUGCCUCACCUGGAUUAACUAUCCUCCCUUUUGAACCCCCUCGAAAUACGCUGGGGGUGGUCCAAAAAUGA